GCAACACAGCCGCCGACGGCGUGAUUUAUUUUGUAAAGCGUCAGAAUGUAUGAAUUACUUUUGUCUUGAUAUUAUUGAAAUAACGUAUAACCUUAUGUAUUAUUUCGCAUUUAUUUUAUUUACCACCGAUAUUUUAUUAAGUUUAACUUUACGUGAAUGCACCGUCUCCUGUCCCUGGAUUUGUUUUGGAAGUGAAAAAUACAUUUAAAGAUGUUUUGCGUCCAAGAGAAAGAGUCUCAUGUAGAGCCGUUCCGGAACUCGGAGAAGGAUCCGCUGACGACACAAUCAGAGUCGAGCGACGACGAGCCGGACCCUAAACGUAUGAAGUACAACCGACCCGAGCUCAACUUACAAAUGUAUCAGUUAUCGUCCUUCAAUACACCGAAAUCCCUAUCCAUAUAUCCCUCCACACCCACCUCCACUUUGCCUAAGUUCGUAAACAACCCACUCAAUCUAGCUAACCCGCUCGCAUUCGCCACAAGCAACCUUCAGACGAACAUAGUGAAGAACCUUCACAGCAGAUACUCCCUGCCGGCCAAGCUGACAAUAACUCCUGUGACGAAGACUGUCACCGACAGCGGUGAGGUCGUCAGAUAUAAGAAGAACGGGGAAAUAGCAAAGAAACGGGGACCCCCUAAAGGUUACAAACGGAAACCUAAAGACCUCUCUCAGAGCUUCUCAAACGGAGCUUUAUUACAGGCUCAGAACACUAUCUUGACGAGUCUUCUGGCGGCCACCAACACCAGUCUUACAACAGUGAGCCCAGCUCCACCAGCGGAGCCUGUACCCGAGGUCAAGCUCCCUCCAGGGACGGAGCUGGUAGAGCUGCUCCUAGAUCCCGAGGACUGGUUCCCCUCGGAGCCCUACCGCAUGGUGUUCAGUCGGAAGAAGAACCCCAAGUGGAAAAACUUUCCUUACCGCUGUGAACAUUGCUUUAAGGGCUACCGAGUGCUGUCCACGCUGGUGAGUCACUGCGGCGCCCGGCACGGCUCGCCCCCGCGCUCGCUGGCGCUGCCCUGUCCUUGCUGCCCGCACGUGUCCCUCAGGCGGAAGCACCACAAGAAACACCUGGAGACCCACCAGGGCAAGAGGCACAGGAUCUUCUGCGUGUAUUGCCUACCCGCGGACACCGACGGCCCGUACACCAAAGAAGCCAUCAAGUACCCGUUCGAGAGCUACCCUCACUACUGGUACGCGUCCGAGGAGUCGCUGCGGCUACACAAGAAGAGGAAGCACCCGUACGCCGCCAUGUUCAACUACAACUGGUUCUGCACCUGGGGCGAGGGCACGCCGAACAGCUAGCUCACCACCCGAGCCCAUGCCAGAGACGGCAGACGCACGCCAGCUGAUGUCUACCGCGUGGAGCCCCGCGCCGUGUCUGGCGCCUGUGUGUCGCCGCGCUCACAACACAUUCCUCAGCGACGUCGUCAGCUCGGAGCAGACGUUGGACGUAUUUUUGUAUGAAUUUUAAUGCAUUUACAUUAUUAUAUAACGGAUCGCCUUAAAUAUACACAUAUGAUAUACAAUGUUAAGGAAGCAACCUGCCUGUGACGUACGUAGCGCUCGGUAAUAUCGGGUAAUACUCGGUAAUAUCGGGUAAUCAUGUAGAGUGAAUCAGUCGAAACCAAAUCCUACCAGUAUUAUGUAUGUUAGUAUCGAGAGCCGUCCGCGGGACCGCGCUAGUAUUAUAAUGAGUGGAAGCGGAGCGUCGUAGGCACUUACAAUAAACAAUAAGACUUGUAUUAAUAAAAUACUCUUAGGACGAACAAACGGAUUUUUUGAAUGAUUUUUUGUAAAUAAAUACUUUU